UCCUUCCAGCUUCCAGCAGUUAGUGUUAGCAGUUUGGUUUGGUGUUGCAGGUGGUUUAGCCGCAGGCAACCGCGAGAGAUGUGGUCGCGAACGCGAUUCUUGGUCCUGGCUUGGACGCUCGCGUUGCUGGUUGGCGCGCGGGUUAGCAACGGGUCGCAGAGGCCGCGUCUCGGCGGUGCCGUCAACAUCUUCAGCCGAUACGGUUACCUGAGCAUCAGCAUGAGAGUCGUGCCGAGGAACGACACCGACACCUGGAUAUUCCGCGAGCCAACCUUGGACGUGUUCAGGAAUCCCGUCCCGGUAGCAAGCAGGCAACGGCAGCAAACGGCCGCGGUCUUCGACGGCGAUUUCCACAUGGAGUUUUGCGACAACAUCCGUCAAUUGUUGCAAGCCUACUUCCGGGACUUCACGUUCGAGAAGCUGGAGAGACCGUGGCGAGCGUUCACCAGCAGCUGGUCCAAGGCUGCCAUAGCUCGCCAUCUGGGCAUCAACUCGUCCUUUAUCACCGGAGAACAUUGUUACGUGCUGGUACGAGUCGCCAGGUUCCGCGAGAACCAGAAGCUGACUGCCACAGCCGACUCGAUGAUCCUCGACGAAGCUGUUCUUAGGGAAACGGAGAACGUUACUGUUGGAGAUACAGCGAGCGUCGUACGGUUCAUCAAACACUUCGGAUCUCACUACAUUGCCGCUUAUGUCACCGGGAACUCUUUGUACCAGGUGUUCGUGUACACGCCUCAAGCGUACUUGCGAUUGAAAGAACGCUUGAAGACGCGUGGCGUUGCGGAUCUCUCGAAUCGGGAAUUAAGCAACUUCUUCUCGCCGUGGUACGCGGAGCACAUGGGUUCCAUACAAGCCGCGAGCGGAAACCGCACCGUCGAGACGUGGGCGGUGGAACACCUUCGAAAUCAAUAUUACAUUUUCUCGUACGCCAGCCUGCUAAAAUUGCACGGGGACGCGUUGUUGCUGAAGCAACUGGACGGGCUGCUCGGUGACGAAGCGUUGUUACAGUUGCAAUUGCGAACGCUGGCUCCGAUCUUCAAAGAUCCUCAGCGACGCGACUGGUUCCUCGAGGUAAUCGACAAUUACUCGAAGUUGUGGGAGGUGAACACGUGAAUUCGUGUACCGAUCCUGAAAUGGACGAAAGAGCCUCCUACGUUUUCCUUGCGUGGUUGAAUCCGCUCGUUGGAGAACCACGGUACGCGCGUAUCUUCAACAAGAUGGAAGAAGCGGCGUCAACGAAGAUCGAUCAUUCGUUACUGCAGGACAAUUACAGUUUCUCGAUCGUCGAUCAAGCAUGGUACACUGUGGAAGUUCGCUGUUGUUCCUUCAUCGAACGAACGCUAGGAUUUAAUAGACAAAACCAUCCAACUACUAUGUUGUUAUAAAUAAGUAUUUAUUAUCAUAUAAUCGAUGAUAGAAAACAUUUUUAUACAAACGUUUUAAAUAUAUAUAUGUAUAUGUAUAUCACAAGCAAUUUUUGCAAAAAUGUUUGACUGAAAAAAUCACGACUUCUUGUUUCUGCGUUUUAUAUUCUUGACAUUUGCCUUGGAUCAUAACUUCAGUUACUUCGAGAAUUAAUGCGGAAACAGGAAUCGUGAUUUUUUCUUCUUCGUGUUUUUGAUUUCUAUUUUCGGUGGACGAAACGAUACGCGUGAAAAUAAAUUGUCUGCGCGAUAUUUUAUACUCUAGGAUAAGUUUUUAUCCUUAGAAAAUCCUGAAUGAUUCGAUGUAAGUAUUCGAGUAUACAUAAAAGUGAAGUUAACUUAUAUUUAUCGUAAAAGGAAAUUAAUAUUCAGUUUAUUGGCACGAUGGAACGUUGGUGGAACGGAUGGAACUUUUUUAAAAAAAGUUGCUUUAUUUAAAGAUGACUUUUAUCACGAAAGAAAAACUUUAAACAAUGCAAAUAACAAUAGCGUGAAGUAAGUCUGACAACGAAAUUGACAUAACAAAUUCUUCAAAGAACAACCGUUGAAAAAUACAUAGUGUAUUAUAAAAAUCAGUAUUUUCGUACGUAAUUCGAUUAUGCGAAGCAUAAAUUAUUCUUUAACCGAUUUUCAGAAUAACGAAAGAAAUCUAAAGUACUCGCACUUAUUAAUUUUUAUAAAAGUUUACAGAUAUGCUAUGUAUAAAAUUGUCAAUAUCAUUAAACUGCAUUUUCGAGGGACAAUAAUUACAUAUUUCUUACAUCCUAUCUACAAAAUGUGAUCAGACGCGAUUAGCACGAGCUCUCGAAAUUUCUUUGCAUGUCAACAUAUCAUAAAUAAAAUGUAACAAUACUUAGAACGUGUACGAAACAAAUUGUAAAAAACGUUUUUUUAAAAUUUGAUUGUUUCUAACUAGAACGAUAUCUUUAUGGAUAAAUUCGUAACAAUAUCAGUGUAUUUUUCUAUCUCAAGAAAUAUUGACUGUGUUAAGAUUAGUUACUGCAGAUAAUAUAUAAUAAUACUUAAACC